UCUGUGUGUGUAGGAGUGCCACGGGCCGGACGAGUCCCCAGCCCAGCGGCCCCGUUCGCACCGGGAGCCGCACUGCGCUCAUGAAACUUCCACGGGUGUUGUGGAGCCCCGGGUCCCGCCUGCCGCUGAGCCGCCCUCCGGUCCAGCCCUCCGCCAGCCGCCCCGUGCCUCCUCCGCAGCCCUGACAGCGGCCUCUUCCCCAUCCCUGCCUUCCCCGCGCUGCUCGGCUCCUGCUAUCCCUGCCUUCCCGUGGGAUUCCAGUGUCAUGCAGUCUCUGCAUGCCCUCCCGGAGACACCAGCCGGGCUUGAGCAGCCCUUGGCAGAUGUUUUCCCUUGUACACUGUUGUUUUGCAGAAUUACCAAUAUUUGGUAAUGGCAAUGUACAUGAUAAAUAAUCCCCUACAGCAGGGGAUUGAAACUAGAUGGUCAUCAAGGUCCCUUCCAACCCAAGCCAUUCUGUGAUUAGUUUCCUUGGUGUAACUGGGGUUUCAUGCUUCACUAUUAAGUGGCAUUCUCAAACCUCCUCCAUAGUUUCAAAGCUGCAGAGCAUCUACUCCCAGUCUCCAGAAGUCCCUGAGAAUAGCACUGCUAGCAGAAGCUUUCAUCAUGGGGGACAUGAAAACCCCCGACUUUGAUGACCUCUUGGCUGCUUUUGACAUCCCUGAUCCAACUAGUCUCGAUGCUAAGGAGACCAUUCCACCAACUGGGGAGGAGAGUGAGAAUCACCUGAAGUCAUCGGGAAUGUGCAUUGAUGAGAAUGUGUCCUUAUCCCACUCUCUGCCUCCCUCUGAUGCGCCUGUUGUGAGUGUGAUAGUGAAGAACACAAGUCGCCAGGAGUCUUUUGAGGCAGAAAAGGACGGGAAUCACCUUGGAACUGGGCUGUUACACAAUGGAUUUCGUGGCUCUGAUCUGCCAGCUGAGGCUCAUGCUUUAGUCCAUAAUUAUGGCAAGUUUGAGUCAACUUUUAUUAAUGGUGACAGCUCGAGAAGUUACUCUGAUAAACUGGAUGAAUCCAAGUCAGAGCCUUUGCCAACAUUUAGUCAGUUUAGCCCCAUUUCCAGCCCUGAACCGGAGGAUACAUUCAAAGAGAACAGUAUUGGGGAUAAACCCAAACAUGCUCAGACUCCCUACUUUCCACCGCCUUCGAUAUAUGUACCAACAGGGGCUUCCGUCCUAGAUCCUCUUAGGAAGGUGCCAGAGCCCGAAUUAAGCAUGUUUGAUCAGUACUGUAAAAAGGAACAGAAGACAGAAAUCCACUGCCAGCCAGAGAAUAGGCUGGAAAUGAGCAGGAGAGAGCAAGACAGAGCAGUGGAGAGGUUUGCGGAGUCAAGCAAGGACUUGUUAGAUACCAACAGCUUUCUUGGGGAAGGCUUGGUGUUUGGAGACCUCCCUCACAACAGCUUAGGAGACGGCAAGGGGUCUGUGCCCGAGCUAAACACGUCUUCAUCAAUACCACCUCGGCAGAGGCUAAAGCCAACUCAUUCCAAGUUGUCAUCCUGUGUGGCAGCGUUAGUAGCUCUUCAGGCCAAAAAGGUUGUGUGUAUUCCAAAAAGCGAUCAGCCAAAUUUUACCAAGGAACCUGGUCCUUUUAAAGAUGGGACGAAGGGAAGUCCAAAAAUGCCCAAGUCGCCAAAGAGUCCCCGAAGCCCCUUGGAGGUGGUGAGGAAGGCUAGCAAGCAGCCUGAGAGUCCUCGGAGUGUGUGCAGCGACAGCAGUGGGAAAGGCUCUCCUUCCAUGGCAGCUGGCUCUCCGCCAGCUAUUCCCAAGGUUAGAAUAAAGACUAUCAAGACAUCUUCCGGUGAAAUUAAAAGGACUGUAACUAGAAUUUUGCCAGAGAAUGAUGAGUUGGGCAAAUCUUCAGAAGAGUCACCUGCAGAAACCUCUUCUGCCGAAGAGUUUAUCAAAUCUUUCCCAUCCCCUGACACUAGUGCAGUUACAGAAGGUGAAGCUGGCAGGAAUUCAGCCAAAAAUGGGGCUGCUGUGGCUAUCCAGCUGUCAAAUGUAAUGAGUCCUUACUCAGACAGUAUGAAAAUGGAUAUUGCAAACAGCACUUGCACCGUGUCCUUAUCUCCACUGCCAAACUGCGGUGGCGGUGCCAUAAAAGUGGGGGUCAAGAGGCAGCAGCAGGGUACUGUGAUGCAGCCAUCCAACACAACCACCUCCAGCCUUCUUCCCAAAGCUGUGCACUUGGCAAAUCUCAACUUGGUCCCCCACAGUGUUGCUGCUUCUGUUACAGCGAAGACAUCGGCACAGAGGCGAAACCAACCUCAAGUGACACAGAUGUCAGUGCCACUGGUGCACCAAGUCAAGAAAGCUGCUCCCGCUGUCAUGGAGGCAUUCCAUAAAGUGCUACACAGUGCCAAUCCAGUGCCGAUAUAUACUCCGAACCUUAGCCCCCCGCCUGACAGUAGUAUUAAUUUACCUGCCUCUGGGUAUUGUUGCCUGGAAUGUGGGGACUCAUUUGCCUUAGAGAAAAGCCUGACUCAACACUAUAGUAGGCGAAGCGUUCACAUUGAAGUCAUGUGCACUCAGUGUUCAACGAUGCUCCUUUUUUUUAAUAAGUGUAGCUUGCUUAAGCAUGCACGAGAUCAUAAGAGCAAAGGGUUUAUCAUGCAGUGUUCUCAGCUGCUCAUGAAACCAAUUUCCAUAGACCAAAUGUUUUCACUUUCUCCUACAAGCUCUUCAGUCUCUCCAGCUUCUCAGACUUCUCUCUCAUCCUCUCUUCCACUUAAGUCCACUGCUGCUUCAGGAGGCGGGGUAGGGAUUUCUGCAAGCACUCAGCCAGCCUUGCCUCUCUACACAGACCCACAGAGGCUAAUCCGUCAUGGACUUAAGUGUUUGGAGUGUAACAAGCAGGAGCAGGAUUACAUUUCUUUAGCAGCUCAUUACCAGAGAACCACAGAAGAUAAUGAGAGACUGACGUGUCAGGUGUGCCAGAUGAUGCUGCCCAACCAGUGCAGUUACUGUGCCCACCAGAGGAUCCACGCUCACAAGUCCCCGUACUGCUGCCCCGAGUGCGGCGCCGUGUGCCGCUCCGCCUACUUCCAGACCCACGUCAAGGAGAACUGCCUGCACUACUCCCGCAAAGUUGGCUUCAGGUGCAUCCACUGUGGAGUUGUCUUCAUGACCCUCACCAUGCUCAAAGUGCACAUCCAGGAGAAACACUGCGAAGUCUUCCACAAGUGUUCUUUCUGCCCGAAGGCCUUCAAGUCUGCUGACACCACCAUGGCUCACGUGGCCAGCCAGCACCCAGCAGAACCUCACAAGACUACUCAGGUGAUCUACAAAUGCUCUUGUGAGAUGGUCUUUAACAAGAAGAAGCUGCUCCAAGAGCACUUCCUGCAGAACACCAGCAAGUUGUUAGUGGGAGUGUUUAAGUGCCCACAGUGUCAGCUGGUGUAUAUGCAGAAGCAGCAACUAAUGCAGCAUGUCAAGGGUGUUCAUGGAGUCCCCCGUAAUCCUGAAGAGCUCUCAAACUUCCGGCAGAAGUCUGAGAAGGCUUCAAGGAACCAGGUUCAUACCUCACCAAAGGAGCUUUUGGUAGCCAAUGGGACUUCCCCCUCUCCUCUGACAAGGAAAGACAUGAGGAUGGAGGGACAUAAUCCUGAAUCCAAGUCCAGACUGAGAAGAACUGGUUGGACUUGCAAGGAAUGUUCACAGUGGAUGCCUGAUCGGGAAACCUAUGUGUCCCACAUGAAGAGAAAUCAUGGAAGGUCCAUGAAGAGAUACCCCUGUCGCCAGUGCGAGCGCUCGUUCAACGCCUCCAACAGCCUGCGCAGACACAUCCGCAACAACCACGACACAGCAAAGAAAGUCUACACCUGCUGGUACUGCACAGAUGAAAAUCAGACAUUUCCUCAGCCAUUCAUGCUGGAGAACCACAUCAGCCUCAUGCACGGCAUCAAAAACCCAGACUUAUCCCAGAUGGCCAAAGCGAAAGCUCCAGAGAGAGACAGAGCAGAAGUAACUGAUACCUAUUUUCAUGGAAAAUUAAAUGCAAAAUCUCCAAAGAGGAUGGCACUGGAUGAGCUGGGUCAGGCAGAGAGCACUGCGGGUUUGGACGCGCCGCCAGCCAAAAAACUGAGAGCGCCUUGGAAAUGCGCUAAGUGCAGCUUUGUGACGGACGUCCGGACUGAGUUCCAGGAACACAUACCUCGGCACAAGACCGACAGCUCCACCUUCCAGUGCUUGUUCUGCGGCCUCUGCUACACCUCCCACAUCUCUCUGAACAGACACCUCUUCAUCGUUCAUAAAGUCAAAGAUGAGGAGGAGGAAGAGGAGGAGGAGGAGGAGGAGGAGGAAGAUGAGAGGCAGAAGUUACAAAUAGAGAUGAGUAAGAAUGGACACGAGGACUACAAUGGCGAGUUGAACACUACGGUGGAAGAAGAAAACAAGUACAAAGAGUGCAAAAGGGACUCAGCUCUUUGUGAGCACAGUCAGACGUGUGGCACAGAAGGCCCCAACAGCACCUCACAGAACAAUCAUUCAAAGUCUCUUAAGACUUAAAGGCAAAAAAAAGCCCUUUUGGUUGAUUGGGGGUUUUUUGUUGGGGGGUUUCUACUCAAAAUACAGGGUGGGGAUGGGGCAAAUCUUUGAAAUAUUCUGUUGAUUUCUUGGGAUGGACGUCGCAACUCCUAUUUGUAAGGGAAAUUUAAAACAGAAAAAAGCAAAACCAGCCCUGCCAUUGCAUCCUAAGCACUAACUCUCUGCCAGCCCAGAGAGGUGAAAAGGGAAAGCAGGGCCAGAAUCCUCAGUGGGAUUUGACCAGCUCCUGAGGAUCCAGGAGCACUUUGCCGCUGCAGUUUCCUUCAGACGAGCUCUCCUCCUUUGAGUGUGCACCACCUCAGCCUCUGCCCAGAGCCCCGGCCUCGCCUUCCCAAUCUCCCUUUCUUUCUCCUUCUAUUUAUGGCUUCUUUUUUCUCUCCCCAUCCUGCCUUUGUGUUACUCAUUUUAACUCAUAACGCUGGCUCAGCCAAACGUGCUUGUCAGGACCGUGUUGGCCGAUCUGGGAUCUGCGUUACACGGGAUGGGUUCGAGCUGUAAGUUAUGCUGGUUAUUCUUUAGUUGCCCAAAUAACAACAUUCUUUUCCAAAAUGCAGUUUAAUGAAAUGUCUUGGAUCCGAAUCAUCCUUGAAAGAGGAUUUUAUAGCCCCAGUCCUCCCCGGUGAGCAAGGUGUUGAGGAGGGCCUGGUCCCCUCGGGGCAUGUUUGCUGUUUGUCUGGAAGCCAGCCUGGGGUGGGCGUUGCCAGGCCCGGUGCUCAGUGGCUCAUCCCGGUGGGGAGCUCAGACUGGCACCAUUGCCAGAAGGGGAUAAAUCCCCCAUUCCCUCAGUGGGGUCAGCUGCAGUGUACAUCCAGAGCUCCUGAUGUAUCGGUGCCCAGGCUCCCUGACAGCUCAUUUUGAGAGGAGAGGAGCAGAGCUCAGCUCACAGAGGUGUUGGAACAGCAGGAGCCACCAUCCUGCAGCGCGGCAGGGGCUGGCACUCCAUCAGUAGCUCCAUAACUCCUCUCCUGCUGUGGCUUGGCACUACCCAUCCUUUAGGAGAUGUUUCUUUCCAUGUAGUCACAUUGACUCUUUCUCCCUCAUUCCUUGUCACACCCAUGCUUUGUGUAAUACAGUUACCUUCUAUACCAUUAUUUUUUUUCAUUCUGUUGAGCCAGAACUCUGCUUGUUAUUGUUUACUCUGACAAUGUUUAAAUAAUUUAAGAACUAUUUAUCUCCUUG